GUAACAGUACUCCACUACUGCCUACUGCUUCCAGUGUGCAAGUGUUACCACUUCCCAGAGAUAUGGCGAGGACUCCCUGCUGUGAGAAAUCUGGAUUAAAGAAGGGGGCAUGGACUCCAGAAGAAGAUAAGAAGUUGGUCUCUUACAUUAAGAGAUAUGGCCAUUGGAACUGGCGUGAGCUUCCGAAAUUCGCAGGUCUAUCAAGGUGUGGAAAGAGUUGCAGACUCCGAUGGAUGAAUUACCUGAGACCGAAUAUCAAAAGAGGAAAUUACAGUAGAGAAGAAGAGGAAAUCAUCAUCAACAUGCAUCGAGCUCUAGGGAAUAAAUGGGCCACAAUUGCAGCAAAAUUACCAGAAAGGACAGACAAUGAAAUCAAGAAUCAUUGGCACACCAGUCUUAAAAAACGUUCGAAACAAAUUCUGAUGGAAUCAGAAUCAAAACCUCAAACAUCCGAAAGCAGCAAACAAGAAUCAUCAGAGCCCAGUAACUUGCUCCCUAAUACUCUUCCAUCAAUAUUCCAAACUUUGGAAGAAGACUCACCUUUGUCUCCAGUUCCAUCUUUGAGUGAUUUUUCUUUUUCAAGCACUGAUGAAUAUAGUACUGUUUUAUCAGACAAAGUUGCAGAAUCCAGUGGAGAUUUCUGGACAGAAUCAUAUGUGGAAGCAAAUUCUUACAUCCAAGAGAGCUUUCCAGAGACCUGGGCUUACCCGGAAAUACUGUUCCCUCUUUCUCCCUUCUCUCUUGAAGAGUCCUUCUGUACAUACAGAUCCUAUGAAGAAGACAAUUUCAUGGAAUGGUUCAAUUAA